AUGGGUAAGAAUUUCCAUCAUCCUUAUCAGCCUUAUGAUAUUCAGACACAGUUAAUGGAACAUAUAUAUGAGCUACUGAAUUCUGGUAAGAAAGUUGGUAUCUUUGAAAGUCCUACAGGCACCGGUAAAACUUUAUCUCUGAUCUGUAGCACUGUAACUUGGUUGCGUGAGCAUAAAUUAGAAAAAUUGAAUAGCAAAGUGGACAAUGACAAUUUGUCGGAUUCUACUUUCUCAUCUUCUGACGACGAACCAGAAUGGGUGAAUCAGUUCUAUAACGAUAAAAUUAUGAAGGAGAAAUCCAAAAGUUUGCAAGAAUACGAAAACUAUUUAGAGGGACUUUCCAUGUCCAACAUAAAACCUGUACUAAGGCAACUCGACAUUGGCGACAGAAAGAGAAAAAAGACAGUUCCUCGACAUAUAGAAAUUGAAAUUGAGGAUGAUGAAACUAAUUUCCUUCCAGAGCCCUAUGAACAAGAUUCGGUUUCAAAUCAAAACGAUUAUGAGAAGGGCCAGAUAAAUGACGAAAUUCAGAAGCUACUAGCUAAAAUUGACAAAGGAUAUGAUGUAAAAACAGAAAAUAACAUGGAAUUGAAAUCCCCCUUGAAAAUUUACUUCUCAUCAAGAACUCAUUCACAGUUAACUCAAUUUGCAUCUCAAUUGACUUUGCCAUCUUUUCCGCCGUCAUCACCUACACUAGAAAAAGAACGCAUCAAAUUUUUACCACUUGCCUCAAGAAAACAAUUGUGUAUCCAUGCGAAGGUAUCAAAGCUAAAAAGUGACUUGAUAAAUGACGCCUGUGUCGAAACAGUGAAACGGCAAGAAUGCCAGUUUUAUACCAAUUCUAGGGACCUGAUUUCUUCAAAGCAAUUCCGUGAUUAUACAUUCUCAGAAAUUAGUGACAUCGAAGACCUGGUUCAGUUGGGACAUUCCCUCCAUGUGUGCCCGUACUACUCAUCAAGGACAGCAUUGGAGGGUGCCGAAAUAGUGACCCUGCCUUACCAGCAUAUAUUGUCCUUUGAAAUUCGAGAGUCUCUUGGGAUCAAUCUUAAAGACAGCAUUGUGAUAAUAGAUGAGGCCCACAACUUGAUGGAUACUAUAACAUCUAUAUAUAGCUGCGAAAUAUCGCUGUCUGAUAUUAAAAUCUGCAAGAAGUUGAUGAAAAUUUACCUCAACAAGUUUAAAAGGAAACUCAACGGAAAAAACCGUGUCAACAUAAUGAAGCUUAUGAAAUUAUUGGAUAUACUGCAAGCAUUUAUAGAAUCUCACUUUGAGAAAGGGAAAGAAAUUUCACCACAGUCAAUGUUUCGAGAUAGUAAUGCGGAUUUAUUAAACAUCCAUGAGCUGGUAACUUAUAUGAGAGGCUCCAAAAUUGCAUAUAAAAUUGACAGUUACGCAGAUUCAAAGCUCAAAUCUGAUGAAAGUAAUACAAACUCUGUGAAGCAACCAAUUCUUUUCAAAAUCUCAAAAUUUGUUUUGUCCCUAUCAAAUCCCUCUUUUGAAGGUUCGUUCUUUUUCGAAGAAGGAAUGAUAAUCAAAUACAUGCUGCUGGAACCCAAUCAGAUUUUCAAGACAAUAGUAAACGACAGUAAAUGCGUUAUUCUUGCUGGUGGAACGAUGCAACCUACUUCCGAAUUCAUAGAGAAUCUUCUGCCUUUUGUUCCUUCAAAAGAUAUCGUACAGUUUUCUUGCAAUCAUAUUAUACCAGAAUCAAACCUUGAUACGUUUAUCGUAUCUGAGGGAUUCAAUUUCAACUAUGAAAGCAGAAAUAACGAAUCAGUAAUGUGCAAGCUUUAUGACUUCCUUCUGGAACUUGGCUGCAGAGUACCUCAUGGUAUUGUAGUAUUUUUUCCCAGUUAUGGGUAUCUUGAGCACGUUAUCAAAUUUUGGCAAUUGGAGGAAAUUUUCGAAAAACUGUCUAUGAAUAAGAGAAUAUUCUAUGAGACUCCUGGUGGAAGUGAUAUACUGCCACAAUAUUCCUCGACGAUUCUCGAUAAAAAAAAAGGUGCCUUUCUAUUCUCAGUGGUGGGAGGUAAACUCUCCGAGGGCAUAAAUUUCCAAGAUAACCUAGCGAGAGCAGUUGUUAUGGUAGGCCUUCCAUAUCCAAAUCUCUAUAGUAGUGAACUACUUGUCAAAAAACGGCAUAUCGAGCAAAAGGUGAUAUCUGCCGGAGGUUCUUUAAAAGACGCUAAGUCAGCAACUAUCGAAUUCUAUGAGAAUAUAUGUAUGAAGGCUGUUAAUCAGAGUAUAGGAAGAGCAAUUCGACACGCAAAUGAUUACGCAUGCAUAUAUCUCGUAGACAAUAGAUACUUAAACAAUAAAGUUCAACAUAAACUGUCUGAAUGGGUCAGAAAGAGGGUUAAGUCGGAACUUAAAACUUCAGAGAUAUUUGCACAGACUUCUGUGUUUUUUGCAUCUAAUCGAUGA